GCACAGGUGAGCUGCCUGAGAACCUCUCCUCCACGGAGGACCCAGUGCAGUAAGAGACACUUCCAGCCCAGCGGGGAGCUCAGGAUGUUCCUGAAGGCUGUGGUCCUGAGCCUGGCCCUGGUGGCCGUCACCGGUGCCCGGGCUGAGGUCAAUGCCGACCAAGUGGCUACUGUGAUGUGGGACUACUUCAGCCAGCUGGGCAGCAAUGCCAAGAAGGCUGUGGAACAUCUCCAGAAGUCUGAGCUCACCCAGCAGCUCAACACUCUCUUCCAGGACAAACUUGGGGAAGUGAACACCUACACGGAGGACCUGCAGAAGAAGCUGGUGCCCUUUGCCACGGAGCUGCAUGAACGCCUGACCAAGGACUCAGAGAAGCUGAAGGAGGAGAUUCGAAGGGAGCUGGAGGAGCUGCGAGCCCGGCUGCUGCCCCACGCUACCGAGGUGAGCCAGAAAAUCGGAGACAACGUGCGCGAGCUGCAGCAGCGCCUGGGGCCCUUUACGGAGGAGCUGCGCACCCAGGUCAACACCCAGGUUCAGCAGCUGCAGCGCCAGCUGAAGCCCUACGCAGAGCGCAUGGAGUCCGUGCUACGGCAGAACAUCCGCAACCUGGAGGCCUCCGUGGCACCCUAUGCGGAUGAGUUCAAGGCCAAGAUCGAUCAGAAUGUGGAGGAGCUCAAGGGGAGCCUCACGCCCUAUGCGGAGGAGCUCAAGGCCAAGAUCGAUCAGAACGUGGAGGAGCUGCGGCGCAGCCUGGCCCCCUAUGCGCAGGACGUCCAGGAGAAGCUCAACCACCAGCUCGAGGGCCUGGCCUUCCAGAUGAAGAAGCAGGCAGAGGAGCUGAAGGCCAAGAUCUCGGCCAAUGCCGACGAGCUGCGGCAGAAGCUGGUGCCGGUGGCCGAGAACGUGCAUGGCCAUCUGAAGGGCAACACCGAGGGGCUGCAGAAGUCGCUGCUGGAGCUGAGAAGCCACCUGGACCAGCAGGUGGAGGAGUUCCGCCUCAAGGUGGAGCCCUACGGGGAGACCUUCAACAAAGCUUUGGUGCAGCAGGUGGAGGAUCUCAGGCAGAAGCUGGGCCCUUUGGCGGGGGACGUGGAGGGCCACCUGAGCUUCCUGGAGAAGGAUCUGAGGGACAAGGUCAACACCUUCUUCAGCACCCUCAAAGAGGAGGCGAGCCAGGGCCAGAGCCAGGCCCUCCCUGCACAGAAGGCGCAGGCCCCUUUGGAGGGCUGAGCUGCCCCUGGUGCUCCCACCCCACCCCUGACACCUGCCCUGCCCUGCCCCCUGUCUGUCUGUCUGUCCCAAAGCAGUUCUUGUACAAACCUAGGGAUACAUGUCCAGUGGACCGUGACACUACCUCUCCAUACUCAAUAAAGCUGCUGAGAAACU